UGUAGCCUGGGAGGGCGGUUGACAGUGAAGAUGCACAGAGCCUACCAACCCAUAUUGCCAUGUGGUAAUAAAUACCUGCAGCAGAAAUGGGACAAAACCUACUAUGACGAGCAUAAAAGGAAGGUGCAGUCAGCUAAACCAAUGGUGGAUACAAACAGUCCACAAACAUAUGUACAUCUCAACCUAAAAUUGAAGAAAUUGAAGCUUGAAGAGGAACGACUAACAAUCAUUGAAAGGGACAACCGUCUGCUGCUAGAGAAAAUGUCAUCUAUCAUGAGAACUAAAGGAAGAGUUGACAACAAAAAUAAUUAUGAAGCUAAAAGUUUAAAUAGAGAGAAAAGAGAACAAGAACUGCUGAAAGUAUCCAGAGAGAACCACAACAUUGGGGACAGACUCACAAAGUGUGAGCCUCAGUAUCGAAUUGAAAAGUGGCAUGAAGACUGGGUGAAGGCAGAGAGGUAUAUGGACAGCAUUGCUAAAUACCCAAGAGGAUGGUACUAUAUGCAGCAUCCAGAAAAGGCUUCAAAAGGAAAAAAGAAACCUGCCAAAAAUGAGUCUGUAAGAGAUGUCAAAGCAAAAGCGCAUAAUGAUGAUAACGGUGAUGACAGAGGUUCAGUAGAAGAACCUAAUAAAGGAAAACAGGAAAAGUGUAAAAAAGACAAUACUAGAACUAUCAAGGAAAGUAAAAAUUUAAAGCAAGGAAAAUAAGAAAGAAAAAAAGAU